UAACUUCCGCUGUUCUUGAUCUCAGCCUGUCCAAGAUGGCGCUCCGCUGCGUCCUCCGGGGCUUCGCCUCCUCCUCCAGGCCGUUCGGCUCCGUCCUCCGGGACUUGGCCUCCUCCUCCAGGCAGCUCACAGGAGCUCCUCUACUCUCCAGCCGGACUCCGGCCGCCGGCCUCCGGCCAGCAUCCACCGCCGCUCCCCGAGGCGAACAGGGGGCCGUCGUGGAGUCCACGGAGGAAUACCGGUUCGUGGAGCGGCUCAUACCUCCGACACGGAUACCCGAUCCGCCUAAACACGUCGGAGCCGCGCCGUCCGGCUGGAUCCCCCCGGCUGAAUCGCCGCCUCCUCUCCCCUACAUGGUCCGCCGCUCCCGGAUGCAUAACAUCCCGGUUUACAGCGAGCUGACCCACGGGAACCGCAAGAUGACGCUGCUACGGAAGGUGGAGGGGGACAUCUGGGCCCUGGAGAAGGACGUGAGGGAACACCUGAAAGGCGUGACGGGGAAGGAGCUGCCCACUCAGGUCAACGAGGUGACCAUGACACUGAAGGUCAAAGGUCACUAUGAGCAGGAGCUGAAGGACUGGCUGCUCAGCAGAGGCUUCUGAUUGGACAGGAGGCAGACACCUGCUCACCACUGUUCACUAUUGGUCACCAUUUAAAGCUCCACAAACUGCUGAGGAACAUUUUCUAUCCUAGAUUUAAAGGAUUGUUGCUUCACUUUGAACAUAUUUUUUGUUAAACUCUGAGCAUCAAACAUGUUUGAAUAAAGUGGUUAAAGUCCCACAA